UGUCAGUUCCGGUGGACAUUUGAGCUGGACAUGUCCAUCUUCCUCCUACCAUCCAACCGUUUCACCGCAAAUUGCGGUUGCAAUAUCCCUUCAGCCUAAAUCACCAUGGCAGAGUCGCAGUCCACUCCAGCUGCGAGGUCGUAUCCUUGUCCCAGCUGUACCCGGACAUUCACCCGCCCUGAGAAUCUGAACCGGCACCGCAAGACUCACAACAAGGUGCUUCCGCAUCGUUGCUCAAUCUGCCCGAAGCAGUUUUCAAGAAGCGACUUGGCAAAGAAGCACGAAUUGCUGCACCAGAAGCGA